CUGAAGCUCAGUGUCUGCCACAGACCGUGCAGAGACUUACAGGGGAGGGUGACCACACAUUGGGAUUGCACUGGGAUGUCAUUGUCAGCAACCCUGAAAAGAACUGAAGCAAAAUCACUGUGAGACCCUUCCCACUGUGAGAAGACCACUCUGAUCUGCCUGAAUCAUCAGAAGACUUACAGUGAAUUGUAACCUUUGGAAUUUACACUUUGCCCUGGAAACCUACCCAAAGUUUUGUGACUACCUGCCCUGCACUGCUUCGUUAUUAAUACAGUAACUAUACCCUGGGAGUUGAUAGUAUUUGAAUUAAAUACUGAAGAAGAAAUAGGAUUUUUCUCAAGAAAUCAAAUGUGAGAGAAUAAUUGUUACACACAGAGGUGACAAAUAAUGAUCUUCAGCUGGAACUGACCUGGUCACGUUGCAAGGAUACAAUAUGUCUUUUGAGCAGAAUUUGACAACACACAAUGAGUCAAGCACCAGUAACCUGGUCAGCAGACCCCCUACCAUCCCAGCUGUUAUGUUUAUAUUUGGGGUGGUGGGCAACCUGAUCGCUAUCAUUGUCCUGUGCAAGUCCCGCAAGGAGCAGAAGGAGACAACUUUCUACACCCUGGUGUGUGGGCUGGCACUGACUGACUUGCUGGGGACUUGUCUAGUCAGCCCUGUGACCAUAGCCACCUAUGUGCAGAGCCGCUGGCCAGGAGGGGAUGCCCUGUGUGAGUACAGUUCAUUCAUCCUGCUUUUCUUUGGACUGUCUGGUCUCAGCAUCAUCUGUGCUAUGUCCAUCGAGAGGUACCUGGCUAUCAACCACGCCUAUUUCUACAACCACUACGUGGACAAGAAGCUGGCAGGGCUGACACUGUUUGCCAUCUACGCCUCUAAUGUCCUUUUCUGUGCCCUGCCCAGCAUGGGUUUGGGGAAGACCACCUUGCAGUAUCCGCGCACCUGGUGCUUCAUAGACUGGAAGACCAAUGUCUCCACCCACGCGGCUUUCUCCUACAUGUACGCGGGCUUCAGCUCCUUCUUGAUCCUGGCCACAGUCAUGUGCAAUAUUCUGGUGUGCGCAGCCCUCAUCCGCAUGCACCGGCAGUUUGUCCGCAGGACCUCUCUGGGCACAGACAACCGGAUCUCAGACAUCAGGAGGCGCCGGAGCUUCAGGAGGAUGGCUGGGGCUGAGAUCCAGAUGGUCAUCCUGCUCAUAGCCACCUCUGUGGUGGUGGUCAUCUGCUCCAUCCCUCUUGUGGUGCGAGUUUUUAUUAACCAGCUUUACCAGCCAGAGUUGGUUUUGGAAGUGUCAGAAAACCCAGAUUUAAAGGCCAUCCGCAUUGCUUCAGUGAAUCCCAUUCUGGAUCCCUGGAUCUACAUUCUCCUUCGCAAGACUGUGCUAAGCAAACUAAUAGAAAAGAUUAAGUGCCUAUUCUGUCGCAUCGGCGGAGGAAGACGACCACAUUCCACUGGAAGCUUCAACUGCACAGAGGGCAGAAGGGCCUCUUCUGCAUUCUCCACUCAUUCACCAUCAUUUGUUUCCCGGGAGUUAAGAGAAGUUAGUUCAACCUCUCAGACUUUACUAUAUCCUCUGGAACUGAGUGAUGGUAGUUUUAAAGGUAGCACUGUACUACCAGGAGCCACAAAUAUUCCUGAAACUCCAGAUAGGACGUUACAUGGCUCUGAUCAGUCAGUAUCUUCGCAGGGUCCAGACUCAGAACAAGUUCUCCUAGUUGAUGAGACAAAGCCUACACAGCUUUCACAGAAUGGUGCAUCCUCAAAGGGAAACCCACUUCAUGUCACUUUUCCUAAUGAAACUUUAAAUGUAUCCGAAAAAUGUAUAUAGGCCUUUCAUGUACUUUAGUCUCACAAAUUAGUAAUUGUGAAUUAAGCUGAAAAAGAACUGAAAAUGGUACUAUAUCUUCAGUGUGUGUCAUGUGACAAGGGUUUUCUUGAAACAGUACAAAUAUUUCAGACUACUAUAACAGAGAAACAAAUAUUAUUUCCAAGAGGAAUUAUUUUACCUUGAUUGACACUAUUAUGUAUAACAAACCACUGGCACUUUUUGGAGAGUGAAUGUCACCCUUUGUUAUAGAAGGUAUAUGCUUUCCUUCUGAGGGACUGAAGAUCAGUCAUGGUUUUAAAUUUGGCACUUACAACUGACUUUUCCUGGGCAAAACAAUUUUGUCCAAUAUAUGAUGUCAAUAUGUCUUGUUAAGCUUUAAAAUGUGAAUUUUUAUUGAUGAAUGUAUGUAUAUGUAAAAUGUAAGUUAAUUUAUUGUCUUCUCUGUGAGAAGGUUUUUUUCAGAUGAACAUGUCUAGUAAACUAUAAAGAUGUGAUACCCUCUUCUUUAAAAUUAUUUGCUUAGGAAGAGAGGUUUUUUGUUUCAAAGCUCUAGUUUUGCACUUGUCUAAAAAUAUUACAGUACAAGAUGUGGGAAUGACAAUAGACUCUUCGAGAUGUGCGCUCUUCAAUGCCAUAAGGCUUUUAUAAAUCCUGCAACAGUCCACAAAAUCAUACAAAACAAAGGGUUUGUUUACUGGGUAACUAAAUGAAUGUAAUUCUCUUGUAUAAAAUAAAUCUGGUACUUGAAAAUGAAAAUACAGCUUGCAACAAAAUACUAUUUACAAAACACUCAAAAAAAGACUGACAUAGAAAAUGUUAAUAUAAUGUACAAAUAAAGUGCCAUUAAUUAAAAAUACCUUAAUGUAUUCUACCUUGAAAUGGUAACCAUUCAUUUAGAUGAAAGUAAAUGACAAACUACUGAUAUCCUGUGAGUUCUCAGCGGCUUCCAAGUUAUUGGAAACUAGCAGUGACUUUUCUUGCAUUACACGAUCAGCAGAUUGAGUCAUAGGGGUCAAUUUACUAAUGUGCGAGCAGGCAUGAUACAAUGUAGCGUAUCGUGUCUGCUGCACAUCGAUAAAUGCCGACCGCAUAGGCUGUCGGCAUUUAUCAUUGCACCAGUAAUUCUGGUGCAAUACUGCCCCCUGCAGAUUCGCGGCCAAUUGGCUGCUAGCAGGGGAUGUCAAUCAACAUGAUCGUAUCCGAUCGGGUUGACUUCGGUCCGCCGCCUCAGAGCAACUUUCCGGCGAGCCAAACACGGGGGGCAUCAAACGCCGUACAGAGCUUGAUAAAUUGACCCCUAAAAUGUUAUUAUGUUAAUUUCUAAAACAUUUAAGCACAUUACAGUUAAAUGUAAGCUCCCAUUGAAAUAUGGUUUUAACCUCUUUAAAGACAAGAAAUUAAAUAUCAGUGUACUACCUUUUUAUGUUAUCUGUAUAACAAACAAACAAAUCUGAGUAAUACAUUCUCUAAGCACGUAUAGUGGUAUGAAGAAAGUGUAAUUUUGAUGAUAAUGAGUGAUGUACAUUUUUGAAAUAGGUCAGUUUUCACAAUUAAAGGGACAAUUAAGUGAUUUAUACUUGUGCAUAACAGCAGUUUAUCACUGCAUUGUAACAUCUGUGUACAAAAUACAUUUUCUUGUAUUUUUUUUAUUUAAAAUGUAUUUUUCAUAUAAAAUCUGCAUUGUUUUGCAAAUUAAAAAAGGAGUCCAGAGCAUUGUUUAAACAGUCUAUUUUGCUGUUAGAGGACAGAUAUAAAUUAAUUGUUGCUGGGUCAUAGAAACUGCAAACUUAACAAGAAGGUAAUCUAGCUGUUGAAAGGGAAGUGAAAAAGCACAAUUUGCAGAGUUAAAUUACAGGCAAAGCAGACAAAAAAUGUUCGUUGCAUUGUUUUACUGUUCUUACUUAAAGGGACAGUCUACUCCAGAAUUCUUAUUCUUUAAAAAGAUAAAUAAUCACUUUACUACCCAUUCCCCAGUUUUGCAUAACCAACUGUUAUAUUUAUGUACUUUUUACCUCUGUGAUUACCUUGUAUCUAAGCCUCUGCAGACUGCCCCCUUAUUUCAGUUCUUUAGACAAACAUUUUAGUCAGUGCUGACUCAUAAAUAACUCCACGGGAGUGAGCACAAUUCUAUAUAACAAACAUGAACUAGCACUGCCUAGCUGUGGAAAACAAUCAAAAUGCAUGUAGAUAAUAGGCUGCCUCCAAGGGUUUAGAAAUAAGCAUAUGAGCCCCCCUAGGUUUAGCUUUCUACAAAGAAUACCAAGAGAACAAAGCAAAUUUGAUGAUAAAAGUACAUUGGAAAGUUGUUUAAAAUUACAUGUCCUAUCUGAAUCACGGAAGUUUUAUUUUGACUAGACUGUCCCUUUAAAUAUUUUAUAGGGUACUUAAUGUUUCAUUUAUUGUCCCCUUAAGCAAAGCAUAACCCAUUUACUAUCUUAUUGUCAUUUGCAUUACUGCUUCAUAUUGUAGCACGUUAAUAUGGAAAAAAAUCUUCAUGAAGAACGCACUCAAAACAUUUUGUCUGCUAACUGUCUAACUACACUAGAUUAAUACAAAAUUGUCAAACAAUUUUCCACUCAAGCAUUGUCAAAACCAGUCAUAAUUCUUUCUUCCCGCAAAGCUAAAGAAGUAAUUGCUUCCUACAUACCAGCUAUAAUUAACGACACAGUUUGCACAUAUGUCACAUUAUGGAAAAAUACGUACAACACAGUUGUUUAAAGGGAUAGGAAAUUAAACUUGCAAGAAUUAGAUAGAGUAUGUCAUUUUAAGACACUUUUAAAGUCCGUUCUAUUUUCAAAUGUGCUUUGUUUUCUUGGUACCCAUUGUUGAAAAUGAAUAAUCAUAUAUCCUACACAAGUGGGAGCUAGCUGGUAAUUGGUGCCCGCAUACAUUUGUCUCUUGUGAUUGGCUAACUAGAUGUGUUCAGCUUCCUGUCAGUAGUGCAAUGAUGUUUCAUCAGCAAAGGAUAAAAAUAAAAUUAAGCAAAUUUGAUUAUACAAUUUAAUUUGAAAGUUGUUAAAAAUUGUAUGUUCUAUCCAAAUUAUGUAAUAACAAUUUUGAGUUUCCUGUCCCUUUAAAUACUUUAUAAAGUUACAGACCUAUUUAUUAUCCACAUUUAUUUGUUUUUGCAUAUAAAGUACAGGUAACACAUUUAGUGCUAAUAAGCUAAUGAUUGACUAUUUUGAUGAUUGAGUUUUGUGACAAAUGUAUUAACCCUACAACUAUUUUGCACCAUUACCUUUUUCUAUAGGAGUUUUAUUUUUGAUUGAACCAUAUAACAUGGGAGCAUUUAUGAAUGGUCCAGCUAAGCCUAUGGCAGCACAGAAAGAAUCAGUACCGAAUAGGAUAUGUAUAUGACAUAAAUGUGCAUAUUCCCCAUUGCAGGAUUUUUUUCUUCACAUCUACUAAUGUGUUUAUAAUAAACAUACAGCAUCAUCUUAGGUUAGACACUUAUAAUUUCAUCCAAGCACAUUUUGUGAAUCCUGUAUAGAUAUUUAAAGGGUUUUCAUAAAAAAAGACAUUAAAUGAGCAUGAAUUUUUGCUUUUGGUGCCCAUGUGAAAUGCUUUAUUGUAAUUACAUUCUGAGUCUGUUGUAUGUAAACCAGUUGUAUUGGCCAAAAUAUUUUUUUUUUUGGGUAAAAAUCACAAUAAAACUGAUUUGUUCAGCGUA